AUGAAUUCAUAUCAUUAUUUGUUUAAGUUUAUUUUAGUAGGAGAUACAGGAGUUGGUAAAUCAUGUAUUUUACUUAAAUUUUCUGAAGAAAGAUAUGUUUCUGACCAUGAUGCAACUAUAGGUGUCGAAUUUGGUUCUAAAACACUAGAAAUUAAUAAGUAAACUAUAAGAUUCUAAAUUUGGGACACAGCUGGACAAGAAUCGUUUAGAUCAAUUACUAAAUCAUAUUAUAAGGGUUCAAUAGGAGUUAUUUUAGUUUUUGAUGUAAAUAAAAAAUCUUCAUUUGAUAAUUUAGGAAGAUGGCUGAAAGAUAUAAAAGAAUAAGCUCAAUAAAAUACAAUAUUGACUAUAGUAGGAAAUAAAAUUGAUAUAGGAUAAAACUAGAGAGAAGUGAGUUUUAAUUAAGCUUAAGAAUUCGCUUAAUAAUAAAAUUGUAAUUAUAUGGAGUGCUCGGCUAAAAAUGUUAAGACAAUAUGCGUAGUUGUAAUUGAUAAAAAAUUUUCUUGUGCAGAAGCUUUAAAUUUAAUUAUUAAAAAUGAUUUUGGGGAAGCCAUAAUAUGGAAUUAAGACACUGCAUAAUUUGAUGGAAUUAUUACAUACUCAGAUAUUGUAAAUAUUAUACUAAAAAGCUAUAAAAAUGCUGCUUUAGAUCAAAUACCAUGCAUAAUAAAAAAAACAUUUUUUGAAAGAUUUGCAGAAUUUAACAGUUAGAGGAUGGUUUAGGAUUUUAAAUUAAUAUGUAUUUAAUUAUCCUCAUAAAUUAUUUAUAAAAUAUAUAUUUAUUAAAUCUAGUUGUUUGAGAGUAAGAAUUUAAUUGUAGUAAGUAUAAAUGAGAAAUUAUAAACUGCAUGUAAUAAAAUGAAUAAUAAUAAAAUUCAUAGAAUAAUAGUUAUUGAUGAUGAAAGUUAAUUAGUUAUUGGAAUUUUAACCUAUAAAGAUAUUUUAUUGUAUUUAAUACGUAACUUAACUCAGGAUUUCAAUACAGAUAGUUUAGAUAGCAAUUAAUAUGAUAUUCCGAUUUCAUUCGUUUUAAGUUAAAUUAAAAUUUAAUAAAAUAUUCUGACAUGUAAUUCAAAUGAUAUAGUUUAUAAUUGUUUUGAUUUAAUGAUGAAUAAAUGGAAAAUAUCAUCUGUACCUAUUGUAGAUAAUAAUAAAACUUAUAUAGGGCUUAUUCAUAGAAGAGAUAUAAUUUUUAUUUGGAAAACAUAAAAUUUUUAAAUUCUUGGAAAACCAAUUUAUUAAUUCCUUUAAUUUUUAAAAGAAGAAAAAGAAAAAAUUAAAUUGACUAGCUUAAAUGUUAGUGAAUUUUUUAAUUUAAACGAUUGUGUAAGAAGAAUUGUAGAAAAUUUAUUUUUAGCCUAUGGAAAUAGAUUAAUUUCUAUAAAUUAAUAAACAAAAUAAAUAUAAAAUCUUAUAACUUUAGGCGAUUUAUUUUAAUAUUAUUCAUAAGAUGAUUAAUGA